AUAUGCGGACACCAUAAUGAUUAAAAUAAGUCAUAAGUAGUUCUGGGUCAGUUCUUCAUAAUUUCAAAUGGUCAUUAAGCAAGCAGUCAUAAAUCGAGGACUACCUAUAACGAUUAAAUAAUAGUAUUUUAUUAGGGAAAACCCUCAGAGCUGUUAGAUCUGUAAGGGGAGAGGAGGGGCUGCCCUGGGCCUUCCUGAGCCAGGGCAUGGGAGGAGGUGAUGCACGUCUGGCCAGCCUUAUUGGAGCCAUGUCCCAGUCAAGCGGGGCAUCCACUGGCACACGUCCAGCUUGGGAGGAGCUGAAAGGGGAGCGCGAGCCCUGCACAUGAUCAGAGCCUCCGCAGCCCCGAGGGGAGAGUGCACUAUGUCCCCUCCCCUCCCUGGAGACCCUGUGUGAGGAGCCCUUCCUUGGGCAGGGGGUUGGUCUAAAAGCCACACCCUAGGAUUGUAUGAUUCCUUCUGUGCUUUGUGCCACAAUGAUGGUGCUUCUCUGUUGUUCCUGUUCCCACAUGAAAGGAAGAGGCCAAAGGCCACCAAAGGAGUCAGCCACCGGGCCGCCCAGACACUGCUAAACCCAGGUGAGCUGCCCUCCUUGGGUAGGUUUAGAAUGUGGCCCUUGUUUACCUAGUUGCCGAGGCAACGAGGUUGUCAGUUUCCCUGAAAAGCCACCAACCAGGGCCCAACUGCCCAUUCUCCCUUCGUGCAGUGAAAGGACAAACAGCUGCUUGGGGUCAUGGCUGUACGGAGGUUUUUUAGAAACAUCUGGAAAAGAUGUUCGGCGCUCUUCUGCUGCAGGAAGGACAUUCCUGUGCCUCCUGACAGAACUGACGAGGCACAUGAACAGGCGGACCAGAAGGGAGAAUGGCAGACACAGAUUCGUGUGUCCGAUGGACGCAGGCCUUCCUCCCAAGGGGGUUUGAUGGGUGUUCGUGCCACCGCCCGGAGCCCCAGGAAGGAAGAGGUGAUGCCAGUUCUCAUUUCAGUGAGAAAUGAGAAGAUAGCGAAGUGGAGGCCGCGGCUCUCAACCAUCUGGGAGACCUGCACUGAGUCGGAUCCUUCGGAAGAAUACCGACCAAGAGAGGUGCAGGAGGAAAGCAGUGCCUGCCUAUCAAGAGAGGAAAAGGAAGAGCACUGGAGGCCGCGACUUCCCCCCAGAUCAGAGACCUGCAGAGAAUCGGACGAAGAAGACCAGCCGGCGGAGGAGCAGCUCUCUCCUACUGGGGAGAAGACGCAUACUUCGGAGGAUUCGAUGGAAGUCCUGGUGGGCUCCCGGAACAACAGCCUGGAGGAUUUUGACUCCAUUUCUGCCCUCUUGGAUGAGGAGUCUGAGGGAAGCUGGGAGCAGGCUGCAGAGGCUUCGGAGGCCAGCCUUUCGUCCAGUCCGUGGGAUUCUCCCGAAGAAGGGGAAGCCUCGCUGGACAAUGUCAGCAGCCUGGAGGAGGACUCCCUGGACCUCAGUCUCUAAUUAAAAGAGACGCUUCCCCAGAUGCCUCUCCAGAAGGCAGAUCGGAGGAGGAUGAACCAGUCCCAGGCACAUCAGGAGGUGAGUUG